AUGAGGGAGCGAAAGGAGGAGCCUGAUAAGCUGAUGCUGCCGGCUUCCCCGGUGAAGUCAUCGCUCACUAGCUCCCCUCCUCCCUAUCAGGCCCCCGCCCCCCUCUAUCCUGUGCUGAGAGUAGAGCAGGGCUGUCUCUCUGGUGGGGAUGGCCAAGUGUUAGAGGUUACAGGACGCUAUGUAGAUUGUGAAGUAUCUAAAGGAUCCAAACGGCCAACUCCAACACCGAAGAGUGGAAUAUUAAAGCAAAAUUCUACUUUUGUCGGUGAGGAGGGAGCCUGUGGCGGAGCACAAGCCCCGCCCAUGAAACAGUCACCUCAGCAGGAGGAGAGUGAAGAAGAUAGGGCUGUGCGGCUGGUUGAAACAGUUAUAUCAACUUUAGAGCAACGAUAUCAGAUUUCUGAUGAUGAGUUAGGGAGUGUAGUUGUUGCACCACAGGUGGGGAAAGGUGAGGUGUGCGGCCUUUAUGAGGACGCAUACGAGGGAUGGUUAUCCGGCACACUUGAUGAUAACAUUCAAGUGGGCGCCUGUGGGAAGCAGAGACUUGAAGCAGGGCCAGAGCUAGGAGGGGCCUUUCACAAUAGGGUAGUUAGAGAAAAAGCAGGAAGAGGCAGAGUAGUAAGGCCCAAACCCGGAAACAUACCACACCCCAUGGUGCGUCGAAGUCAGGAUGAGAGGGAAAAUCUUUCUUUGCCUGGGGAAUUUCCCCUGGUGGUGACCGCUGGGGGUCACAUGAAAUACAAGCCAUACGGAGUGGGAGAUGUUAAUGCAUUGACUGAAUUAUUACCUCCUAUUACAGACGGAGGUGCAGGAUGGUUGAGAGAGUUUGAUAGAGCAACAACAGGUGUUCAAUUGGCUCUGGGAGAUUUCAGAGCUGUAGUUGCCAGAUGUGUCAAAGGCACAGCUCUGGAUGACAUAGAGAAGAUAGCGGGCACAGCAUUGAUGGUUGAUAGCACCCCAUUUUGUCGGGUUGUGAAUGUAAUAUCACACGCAUUACGUGAAAAAUACCCCACUCCAAAUGCUGCUAAGAUUUUGAAGCUGUUGUGGAAGCCUGAUCAAACUCCAAGGGAGUACAUAGAACAGGCUAAAGCUACGUGGGCCCUUAGAACAGGCCAGCAUCCCGGUAGAGAAGGGAUGCAACAACUGUGGUUCAGAGAAGCUGUGUUAAAAGGUGUGCCCGAGCAGGUCAGAGUGGCCAUGUUAGAUAACCCCGACAUGGAGGGGGCGGAGUCUCACGUGUGGGAGAAGCAUCUGGUGCAUCGCCUGCAGAAAGCUCAUGAUGAGGCUAUUAUUAAAGAUGAGGACACAGAUAAGAUGAAAGAGCAAUUGGACCUGCGCGAGGAACAAAUUGGGGUGGCCGUGGGGUCGGUAGAGGAAAUUGGGGUUCACGUGGUGGUCAACGGGGAGGAGGCGGCGGCAUGGGCAGACAAAGGGGUGCGCCGGGAGGAGGUCGAUAUGUGCCCGGAACUGUGUGCUUUAACUGUGGUCAGACUGGACAUUGGUCAAGAGAGUGCCCUGAACCACCUCAACCAGAGAGGCCUGGGCAUAGGGGGAGGGGCAGACCCCCUGGUGCCACUGAGGGUUCAAGGACGCAACCUGCCCUUUUUAGUGGAUAAGGGAGCUACAUACUCCACCAUUCGUACUGCUCCUGAAGACAUCCCACUGUCGGACACCAGAAUCAGUGUGAUCGGCUUCUCUGGGGUACCUAUGACCCUGCCAGUAACCGCCCCUUUAAAGACUGAACUAGGACGCCAGUCCUUAACACAUUCAUACAUGGUUUCAUCACAAGUUCCAGUUAAUUUAUUGGGCAGGGACCUGCUCAUUAAGCUUGGAGCUACUAUCAUGUGUGGAGCUGAUGGAUUAACAGUGACUUUGAAAGAUGGCACACAGCUGUCCUGUUUGCAAUCAGGAAUGAGGGGACAGUGGCUGCUAUCAGAGGAUUGUGAACGCACAGCACAGAUUUACUGGGCGCGACUGACCACAUCAGAUCGAAUUCUGGCACAGUACCAACUCUGGCGUCCCUGGAUAAUGUCCAUGUCUGUUUAUUCACCCCCGCGUGACCCCUACCACGUGACCUUGUUUUACGAUCGCGAGCAUACUGAGUGGUUUGAGGAUCUAUUUAAUGAGUGUUUAGAUGAGAAAGUUUGGGAGCUUAACUCUCAGGACAUCUAUGUUGGUUCAGCUGGAGUGGCAGCGUUUGUUGCGCUCCCUGAGGAUCAAAUGAGUUGGUAUAGAAUGGGUGAUGAAGCAGUUCCCCACGUGUCGUUGGCAAUACAUGAGGGUCAUCAAGCAAAAGAUUUAGGCCCAAUGGUGAGAGCAGCCAUAAGGGCCACAGAUUGGCAGCAAACACAACUCACUGAUGUCUCAUACUCACCCAGUUGUAAAACGUAUCGGAUUUCUGUGACGGUCACUGAUCAGAGUGUUUUAGAACACAAACAUUUAAAGCGAACACAUGGAAGGGAGAAAACAGAUCAUGAGGAAGCUGUUAAAGGCCUAGCUGAACUCCCUGACACUCUGUGGUCUAAGGGUCCCACUGAUGUGGGUUUAAUAUUUUGUUCACCCAUCACAUUUGAGUUAAAAGAUGACACCCCUAUUUGGCGUUCACAAUACAGACACAGUCCAGAGGCAGAAAAUGGGAUUGCAGAAACAAUUUCAGGGCUCUUGCAGGUGGGUGUGCUGGAGCUGUCUUCCUCUGCAUGGAAUACUCCAAUCCUCCCAGUUGAAAAAUCAGGCACGGGCAAGUAUCGCAUGGCACAUGACCUUAGGGCAAUAAACACUGUCCUUAAGACACCAACAGUACCUGUACCAAAUCCCUACACAGCUUUGACUAAUUUAUCUCCAGAUCAGCGGUGGUUCACAUGCAUAGAUUUGGCAAAUGCUUUCUUUUGUCUCCCUCUGCAUCCAUCUUUGAGAGAUAUUUUUUCAUUUACUUACAGGGGCCAGCAGCUGCGUUACACUCGGUUGCCGCAGGGCUUUGCCCUUUCACCUGGGAUUUUUAAUCAGGUACUUAAAAAUGCUCUUUCUCCAUGUGUAUUGCCUGAAGGAUGCACACUGAUCCAGUAUAUGGACGAUUUGCUGAUUGCUGCUAAAACAGCUGAUGCUUGCUUUCAAGCGACAAUGAUGGUGCUUCGUCAGCUGGCCAAAACAGGCUUUAAAGUAAGUAGAGACAAACUUCAACUUGUCAGAACUGAAGUUACAUUUCUAGGUCGUGUGGUGGCGAUGCAGACGGUGGGCAUGUUGGCAUCCCAAAGGGAAACAAUUAUGUCACACCCCCAGCCACGUACUGUUAAAGAAAUGUUGUCAUUUCUUGGACUUACAGGUUACAGUAGACACUACAUUCCUGACUAUUUGGGCAAAACCAAACCUUUGCGGGACUUGGUGAAAGAACACGGUAUGAGAGACCUCACAGCUAAUCUGAACUGGACCACUGAAGCUGAAAUGCAGUUCAUAGAACUAAAACAGGCCCUGUCUCGUGCAGCAGAUUUGGCAAUCCCCGAUUAUAACUCUGAUUUCUAUGUUGAUGUUUCUGAAACAAAUGGAGUGGUGAAUGGUGUUUUGUUUCAGAAAAAAGGGGGAAGGAGACGAGUGCUGAUGUAUAUCAGCAUUGGCCUGGAUAAUAUGGAAAAAAGACACCCCACGUGCACACAGCAUGCAGCGGGGGUAGCAAAAAUAAUUCAGAAAGUGGCCCACGUUGUGAGAGGACACCCACUGAAAGUGCUAACAACACACAGUGUGGUGGCCUACGUGAAUUCACAGGUAUUCACAAUGACCCCAUUGAGACAACAGAGACUGACUAAGAUUCUGGAGUCUCCAAACUUGACCUUCACACAUGAAGGGAUCAACAUGGCAGACCAGAUGGGAGGGGGGACACCUCAUGACUGUGCACAAAUCGUAGAGGUUGAGGAGAAAGUAAGGUCAGAUCUGAGAGCAGAACCGGUGAAUGAGGCAGAUGAUUAUUUCACAGACGGGUGUUGUUUUAGGGAUCCGAGUGAAGGAUUGAAAACAGGUUAUGCAGUGGUGAAAGGAGUCGGAAACCAGCUGCAUGUGGAGAAAUCAGGAAUACUGGAAGGACCUCAGUCAGCACAGAGAGCAGAGCUUAUUGCAGUGAUAGAAGCUCUAAGAUUAGGGAAAGGAAAAAGGGUUAACAUUUAUACAGACUCAGCAUAUGUGUUUGGAGCAGCACAUGUGGAACUGGGGCAAUGGAGGAGGGCUGGAUUUAGAACAGCCUCAAAUAAACCAAUCAAACACGAGGAGGAGAUGAGACAGCUGGAGGACGCUCUGAAAGAACCUUUGGAGGUGGCCAUCAUAAAGUGUAAAGGGCAUGACGAUUCCAACACUUGGGUGGCAAAAGGAAACAGAGCAGCUGACGAAGAAGCAAAACGGGUGGCAGGCUAUCAAGAAGGAAAACAAAUGGUAAGUAUGGGUAUGGAAUGGGGAAACCUGCCAGCCCAACAGCGAGAGGACAUUGAAAAGGCGCAAAAAAGAGCCUCGCCUGAGGAAAAGGCGGUGUGGCAGGAGAGAGGGGCCGUACAAUCAGAAGGAUUGUGGAGAGGACCCGACGGGCGGCCAGUACUCACCGCAGAAAUGGCCCAGGAGAAAAUUAAAGAAGCUCAUGGGCUAGGACAUGUAGGAGUGGGCCAAAUGGAGAGGGACUUGUGUCAUUGGUGGCAUCCCUACAUGAAAAACAUGGUAAGGGAACACGUGAGAACAUGCUUGAUCUGUGGGCAAUAUAAUCCAAACCCCACCGUGAAACCAGAAAUGGGUAAGUUUCCUUUGCCAGGAAGACCAGGCCAGGAAAUUGUGAUUGAUUAUACUGACAUGAUAACUACCGUUCGAGGGUUUAGAUAUCUGUUGGUGUGUGUGGAUGCUCUGACCGGCUGGCCAGAGGCGUGGCCAACACGCAGAGAAGACAGUAAAACGGUGAUCAAAUGUCUGGUGAAUUAUUAUGUCCCCUGGCAUGGAUUUCCAGAGAAGGUAAGAUCAGAUAAUGGCACUCACUUUAAAAAUCGAGAUCUCGGUGAGGUGGAAUGUAUGUUGGGGUUGCAACAUAGAUAUGGUACAGUUUACCAUCCACAACCUCAGGGAAAAGUGGAGAGAAUGAAUCAAAAUCUGAAAAACAAAUUGGCAAAAAUCUGUGCACAGACAAACAUGAAUUGGGUUGAUGCUCUUCCCAUAGCACUUAUGAGUGUGAGGUGCUCCGUUAAUCAGAGCACCGGGUUUACCCCAUAUGAACUGCUGACAGGGAGACAGUUUCCAGGCCCUGCAGCAGGUGUAAGAGAAUUAAGGGAGGGAGUAAAUGUGUCUGAACAUGUGAAACAGUUUAAAGCACUAAAAGCUCUUGUCUCUAGUUUCACUACUCAGGUGAGAGACCCAACCGGAAAGGAGGUGACCACGCCGGAGGUGAAGUGGGUGUGGCUGAAGGUGUAUAAGCGGAAGUGGGACGAGCCGAGGUGGACAGGACCUUUCGAGGUGACCACUCGAACCUCUCAUGUGGUCCAUCUGAGAGGCAAGGGCGACACUUGGUAUCACUGGAGCCAGUGUGCGGCGGCAGAGGAGCCUAGGCGGUCGGAGAGGCUCUUAGUGAAAAAGGGGGACACGGCCGUGACCCCAAAGAACGCAGAUCUUAGUAAAGAAGGGGCAGAAUAAUCCCCUGAUCUGUGCAACGACCAAAGGGUAGUCUACCCCGGAGGUUGAAGAGAGAAGUCGAGAAUCACCCGACUGGAAGAUAUUGAUAGCUGUAGUAAUA